UCGAGAACCGUGCGAAGUUUUAAGUGUUAAGUGUGCAAAUUUCCAGUAUCCGCUACUCAGGAAUGUAUUGUGAAGUUUGUGGCAAUCAAUGUAAGAACAAGUAUGAAAAAGUAACUUGAACUGAUGUUAAACGUGUGAAAAAGAUACGGAACCUGAAGAGGUAUUAUAAGUGCAAGAAAGCUCAAGUCUUGUAAACAAUGGAACUCAAAACGUUUAUACUGUUGUUUGUAGCUUGCUUCAGUGUUUCUUUUUCCGUCGAAGUUCAUUUUGAAUCACCCGAUACUGGCUUUUUUCUAAAGCACUCUCCGCGCCAAAACACACUCUUAUCGACAGCAACGACAGUUUCGUCGAACAGUAAAGCGCGGUUAAUGAACGACUCAAUUCUUUCGAUUGAUCGUUUUACGGUAGUACAAACAAGCCAACCUGUCUCAAUUCGGGCAAGCUACGGACCGUUUUCUACAAAACAAACAGUGCCAGCUCGGUACAUCGUACCCGACGUACUUGAAACCAUCAAUGCUGAUUCUGGUUUACAAAACACUACUAUUUCCUUAAUAGACCUGCAGCAAUCCAAUCCUCAUUUAGACAUUUCGGCACACGUUGUAAAGAAUAUAAUCGUCCGUGACUCGCCUGUGUUACGAGUGCUAUUUCACGCUGGUGCUGAUCCGAGGGGUCAUCUUCAACGACAAAAAAUAUGCGUUCUUCUACACGCGUCUAUGACCAACAAAACACCGUUGAAAGGACGCUGUAUGCCAGAAGGGGAAGAUGGAGUUUGUGUCGCAGAAGUCGUGAUCCCUGCAAAUUGGUGGCCGCCUAUGCCUUCUCCUGAUAUAGAUGGUCGUUACCCUGUCGUUACACCGCCGAAAAGUCCUCAGCGCGUGGUACAAGUUUCCUAUAGCGUAUUCGAGCCACCUGUACGCAAUCCCGAGCUUUGCGAACCAAAAGUACAAAUCCAACCUCUAACGCCGUUCGCAAAGAUUCCACUUCUCCAGUCUCAUCUACCAUAUAAAGAACUGCGCGCUGAUGAUACCCUUACAAUGAUGGUUCCACAACAACCAUUGUAUCCUUUAUCAAAAAUACAUGUACCAGUAUUCCUGCAUCCUGAACCGGAGCAAAGCAUUGCAGUAUUUAUAGUUAGAGCUCGCGUUAAGGCUGGGAUGCGUAUACUUGGCGCGACUGCAUCGUCUGAUGAGUGGAACGUGUCAGUCGAAAAAGAAAACACCAAGCACACAGUAGCUCGAGUAACUGCUUUCCGUAAGGACCAAGAUCCUGAUAGUCCAGUAGGCAUGGUGCGAACAGGUGACAAUCGGGCGUUGGAAGUAUUUUCCUGGAUGCUAGAAGUUGCCAAUGAUACCAAAGAACAUUUAGAUGGUGGCAGAAUUAUAUGGUCCGUUAGCUACGUACACGAUGGUCCAAAGAUAAAGGAUCUCUCGGUAGAAUCGAUAGCUACUACGAGUACAGCAGCACACGAAGAAGGCAAAAAGAAAAUCGUAGCAAAACUUGAUAUACAAAAAGAUGAUAUACAAGCAGUAUUGCCUAUUGCAAAGAAUUGGGAGCUUAUGAAUACUGCGGUUCUUACCGGAAGGCAGGUGUCCCAAGCAAUGAAAGUAUUUAUUGUGUCACAGGCCGGCAAAGUGGCAGAUGUAACAUUGCAAAGUUCUUGUAUGGUGGAAGACGAAAGUGUCAUUAAGGUAUCUUCAUCAUGUAGUUCUGUAUAUGUGGAUGGUUCAGAAAUUGGAGGUUCGUCAAACGCAUCCGUAGUGGUCAAAUACGGGACAUACACCGGUCUUGCACGAUUUACUGUUUGGAUGCCGGAAUUUCCGCUGGAAGUAUCUGUCGCUGACUUUCGACUAUCUCAAAUUAAAAAUUGGAAAAUUCCAGAUGAUCAUAUCACAAUGAACAGUAAAACUAAGCGUCGUAAAAAGCGUGCCUAUAAUGGCGCUUGGGAACAUCAUGCCGAUGACUUUGCGAACGGCCCAGAUCGAAGUACAUGUCGUGCAAGAUAUCAACAAAGUCAAGUAGAAGUUUACGCAAGAUUUCUUGCAGUUGAUCAAGAUUCUGGACGUGUGAGCUAUUUGAUUUCUCGUCGCACUGGUCUACGGGUAACAGAUCUUGUUCAGCCGCUACUUCGAGUUGCAGAUCCGAAAAUUGCCACACUUCGUGGGCGAACGCUUCAAGGACGAGCAAUGGGUCGUACUGAUGUUCAGGUCCUUUCUCCUAUUAAUGGCAGAGUAAUAGGAGCAAGAGAGGUUCGAGUAGGUAGUGAUAAAGUUACAAUAACAAAACUUCUAGUGAAGGUAGUUUCCGGAUUACAACUCUCAAUCUCAAGUGACCCCUCCAUCGAAAAUGGCUACAUAGCGGAAACUUCCGUCACACGAAAAUUGACCGCCCAGUAUCAAGAAGGCUUGCUGGACAUUGAUUUAGAAUUUUCAGAUGGUUCGAAAACACCAUUAAGGGAUAUUUCAGUGGAUGACUACUUUCUGUUAGUUGAAAGUCUCGACACUGAAGUGGUUGCCUUUGCCCCUAUGCUCGCGUCUCACCAUCCACGAGUUAUUGCGGUCGGCGAAGGCAACGGUAAUUUACUUAGAGUAACGUUGCUGCUAUCAGAAGAGUGUCGUUUGCGGCGUAAUUUGCCGGUGUCUAAGCAGGGAAUAAAGGCUUCCUUUGGUCCUCUAGUUAGUGCACUGGCAUCGGUACAAGUUGACUUUAGCGGUUUAGAUAUAAGCUCCCGGCCAGAUACGGUUCAGAAUGAUGGUAUUAUCGGUAAAGACCGUAGUAAAUCUGGCAAUGAAUUAAACGAUUUAGAGGAAAUUCUAAUCGGUGUACCUAUAAAACAUAACAGUAGACAUGGUAUAGAAGCUGCAUUGCAACCCUCGAAGCAGUAUAACCGUGGUAACAUUAUCGUACCUGGAGGAAGCCUUGGAAAAGGUGGAAGCUUGACUUCUAAUAAAAGCAUAGUGCAUGAUGAUGCGACUACCCUUGAAAUCGGAAUGUAUGUCGUGUUAACGGUGUUUUGUCUGGCGAUUGCCGUGUUUGUGGUGUCCUGUGUUGUGUACGCAUCUAAAUAUCGACCAGUUACAAUUGAUGUUAAUGGAGAAGCAAGCAUUCAUGAUGCUAUGGGUAAUGCUAGUGUUUCCGAUGUUGGAAAAGGGAGUGAAUCCUGUGCGACAAAUGUCCAUGAUUGGGUAUGGUUGGGACGAGCAACGAUGGAUCGAUCGAAUGCGGAAAGCGCGUUAGAAUCUGGUAACUACAGAGACUCGCGAAUGCAUAUUAUAAGUAAUCCGAUGAAUUCAAAAUAUGGAGAUGCAGAUGCAAGUAUCAUACAUGCAAAUAGCUUUGAUAAUCCCAAUCACGUGCAACUGCCACCCUCGGCCAAUAUACUUACACAUAAUGUGCGUGUAAUAAAUGGUUUGUUUGGUAAUGGGGAAACCUUUAUGCCAAUCAAUUCGUCUACUUAUAAUAAAAGAGACCGUCACAAUGAUUCUAUAGUAGAAGAAGCGCCCCCACUUCCUCCUCAUGGAACAACAGCUCUGGUAGACCGUGCUGAAUAUCGUCCACCAGUUCCACCACACCGUAAUGCGAAUAAUUCUAUCAAUAUUACUAACAGGCAAUUUCCGUUUGACACAGUUAUGCAGUCUGAAGUUAAAAAGCGAAAUCAAAUACGGCACGAAGGACGGAAUAACGGUUCACGAAUGAGCGAUAAAAAUGGCUCAGUAACGAAUCCGGCUUAUGAAAUACGAAUGCCAAAUGCGUUAUUGGUAGAACGGCACAACCUCAGGCAUACGCAGCACAAAAUUAAUGCAGCGCUUUUCAGUAACGGAGGACAAGAGCAGCUUAAACAUCAGCCUCCUAGAGUAGCAAUGCUGGCUUCAAACAGUUCACCAAACUCGUUUGAAAACAUGGGUUUUUCUGUCGUUUCCGCUCCUCACUCGUCGAUUGUUGAUAGAAGAGAGCAGCGAAGGCUUGGAAAAGAUUUACAUAUGGCAGAGCGCUUAGUUAAUCAACAAAAUGAUCAACAAACAGCAUUUAAAUUUGACACAAUUAAACACCAAGUUCAUGCCGAUAAUCAUGAAUUACAGCAACAAGCUCUACCCUAUAGUAAAAGUGCAUCAUCUCCAUGUCGAAAUGCGACAAAAAAACACGAAAUAAUUGUUGUUGCUAAGGAACAAAGUAUCCAGGAAGGAAAGAACAACUGGUCUAGCAGCGACACAUCCCAGUGCAAUGACGAGUCAUCAAGCAAUCAAAACAAAUGUCACAUCUCAUUUGAUGAUAAUGGUGGCUUUGUUACACCAUCCAGCGACCGACGUUACUCAAGCAAUCGAGUGCGGGACAUAAUUCAAAGAGGAAAUUCCGCAUCAGCCGCAUCAACAAACGGUUCAGAAAUGGCGAAUGAGGUAAUUAGAAAACCUUCCGUGGUAGGAAAUCCUAUGUUUUCCAGCACGCCUGACAGUGAGUUGGGUCCUGGAGAGAGCCUAGGCUUGGAUGAUCUCGAUAUGGACUAUGAACAAAUUAUGCAUUACUUCGAUAACCUGAAAGAAUCGAACGCCUGAGUGCAGGAGAUCAUUGCAAAGAUUCGCGAAAUCCUCUCCACGUUUCAAAAGCAAUAUCGAAACGUGUCAAAGUCGCUAAAUGCCAGCCCAUCAUUCAUCCCUGGCAUAUGCGAUCCAAAUUUUGAGAAGUUUUUCGAACAUCUAAGUGAAUCUUACGCAUAGUACUACUGAAGCAUCAUUCAUAACCAUCACGAUUAGCAUUUUUAUCAAGGAGCAACAAGGUAAUCGCAAACAUACAACUACCAGUGAUUUUCAUUUUGCUUAAAACUGUUUUAAAAAUUAUUCUUUCAUAAGUGCCAUAUGAGCCUACGUGGCAUUAAGUGAAGAACAUUAAAGAGCAUCGCAUAUGGCAAGUAUCAAUGCCAGCCAAUUAACGUACUAUUUGGACUAUUAUUUCUUAAAAUUAAUAGAUACACAGCAUGAAUAUUUAGACCGUCAUUGUGGCACCGAUUAAUCAUUGCAAUGCGGACUUUUGUUUGAUAGGGAUUCACUUGAAUGUGAAAUGAACGGGAAUAGAAUGAAACAUUCUUUAAGUUAAAGAAAUAUUUAAUUAUAACUAGUAAUGUUUAUUAAUGUAAACAUAUCGUCCACUAUAGUACAUUUUAUGUAUUAGUUUUGUGAUCUCACAUUAUAUCAUACUCAAAUUUCUUCUCGCCAUGUCAGCCAUGAAAAUAUACUUAAUUUAUUCAUAGUUCUUGUGAUUAAAGUACAUUAACCUUAUGUGUUGGAUUUCAUUUGAAUAACAAUUAACUGUUAGUUAGGGACUAGUUUUGAUUUCUAAUAAUAUCUGCCAAAUAUUGCUUUGCACUGACCAAACAAAUACACAUAAAAUGGAAUGUUGAAACAUCAUUAUUCAAUUUUCAUUUUUUCUCAUACAUUUCUUAAUAAUUUCAAAUAAUAGGACGCAUAAUAGAUUGCCAGCAAAAAAUUAAUUGCUUUCUUGAAACAAGAGAAAAAAACUAUACGUAAUAAAGUCAUGAACGGGAAUGAUAAGAGAAAGGGCCCAAUUUAUGCGUUGCGUCAAUAUACAUUACAGUUUUCUUUGCGUUUACGACAUUGCGACACAUAUUGUAUAUAGUUACAAAGUUUUAUACUUUUCGUAUAGAUAAAUUUGCAUACGGCCGUUAUCACAAUUAUCAAUCAAUACAUUAUGAUAUUACCCACAUACUCACGGAUGAAUUUCAAAUAUGGCAUUUUUCAUGGAUAAUAGUAAGGUCUGUAUAAACACUAAAAGGUCUUAAAACCAGCAAGCUUGACCGAAAAACAAAGGCACAACUAUUUAAAGGCUUCUGUAACGAGCUCCAUACUGAUGAGCGGAAUCGAGUAUCACAGGCAGCACAAUUCAAGAUUGUCGUAUUUUGCGAAUUCCGUUUCCUGUCUUAAAAGAUUGGCUUUUUGCAAUUCGAUACAAUUCAUUAAAUGACCCAAACUGGGAUACAUUAGUUAUACAUUGACGGUGCGCAAAUGCUUCUAUUGUGAAUCUAGUUCUAAUGAACCGGAACAUGUUUGGACAAAAUAUACAAACUAUAUCUAUGAUAUUUCGUCUCACCAAAUAAAAAUUUUGAAAUAAGAAUAGAGCCGGAAACAUUGCACUGGAAUCGUUAAAACAUUGUAAUGGAAUAUUCGCUAGUUUAUAUUUUAUACUUUGACUUGACACUAUUUAGAUUUUCGUUCAAUCAUUCUCAAGUUUUAUUUUUUGCGAAUAUCAUUUUGAAUCGAAGUGGAUGAUGAAUGUGGUAGUUUCUACUGCAGUUAAUGUGAAUAUUCUCGUUCACUCGAAAUACGUUCGCUUCAAUCGCAUUUUUUUCUGAGAUCUGCAAUUUCUCGACCAUGAUCAACAUUUUUUUUUAUAAAGUAAUCAUAAAAAGUCGUGGGUAGGUGCCUUUCUUCAUUUUGUAAGAGUUCUAAUGAGAAUUGGUUGACUAACAUUUACGACGACCUCUCAGGCAGCCACUAGUUUUAAAGUGUGGUACGGAUCACUUUUAAACACUUCAAAUGAGUGUAAUGUGAUGACAAUGCAAACCAAGACGAUGAAACAAUGUUUCUGUUGUUAAAUCAGAGUUGAACGAAGAUCGUCAGCUAAGAGUCGUUUAAAGGUGAAAAGAUUUUUCUUUUAUAUUUACAUCGUGGGUUCCGUAAUAAGUUUGCUAUGUGAGAUAAGAUUAGGAGUCGUAUUUAUAGCAUCCCUAGUCUUUGCUACGCCCAGUUUUUGUUAAUAUACUAUACUUCUAGGAUAGAAAUAAGAUUUAUUCUUUAGUAUUUUAUCAGGGCUUUUACUGUUUGAUAUAGGUAUAGGAUUUUGUAUCGAUUGUUUUGAUAACGCCCGAAACAAAAGAACAAAAUCGGAAAAUAUUGGAAUACAAAUAUUUUUUUCAAAUAACCAAUACUAAUUAAAAAAAAUGUUUUUUACAGGAAAUUGCAAUGUUUUAAGUGUAGUUACUGAAUUAUGUUGUGGUUUUCAGAUUCGGUAAUUUGUAAAUGAUAUACGAGGAUAUCAACAUGGAUGCUUUUCUUGUUAUGAAAUGUGUUUUUAGCAUGGAGUUUUGUUAUGAAAUGUUUUAUUAUGAAGAACGGUGACAUCAAUUUCGUUUCUUGCGUCUCUUUAAUGUUCAUUUCGCUGAUUUGUAGUUUUAUGUUUGAAUAUUGAAUAUUGAAUAGUUAUUGGUCUCUAAAGACUUAUAUUUUUGUCGCUCAAGAUAAACUUUGCACAUGCGCAAAAAUCAUUUUAAAUCUUACAAUAUUCACUAUUGUCGGUUUCUCACAUUUCAUGAUUUCGUCAUAGUCGGAUUUUAGUUUUAAAACUUAUUUAACUAUUUAUCGUGAACUAUAAAGUAUUUAACGAUUUCAACUUAUAAGCGAUAAUAGAAACUCGAGUGGUUUGCUUUGUAUUAUCUUAUACACUAAUAUACGAUAUAAAACAUAUGAUAAGUCAAUGAAGAGAAAAAAGGUCAGUUUGCAGGAAAAAAAUUACACAAUUCCCACAACAUUCUUGAUAAGAUUUGUAAAUCUGUUUUCCUUGGAAUAACAAUAAUACAACAAAAAUUCGCCAUUAUUUCGGUACUUUUAAGGGAAUUCUACAGUUGUGUUGGAGCUCGUAAUAAAAAAUCUAUAUUUGUUUGAAAACUAUGAUAAAAUAUUUAAGUAUCAAGCUUUAGAUAUGAUAUCAUAUGAUUAUAUGCAA